AUUGCGUGCCCGCGGCGUUGCUUUUCCCUCCCGGCCCCGGCCGCCCACCCCCCCCCCCUCCCCCCGGCUCUCUUAUAUCACUCGCCACCGCCGCCCAGCUCGCCCGCUACUGCUCCUAGCUCGCUCCUACCCAAGCCAGCCCGAGCUGUAAAGCACCACCCAGGUACACCUACGCGGCCCGGCGAGAUGAAGCUCCCGCUGUCGGCGGGGUCGCCCGACGCGGCGCCCGAGCUGGCCAAGCCGUCGCUGCCGGCGACGUGGCUCAUCCUGCACGCGCUCUUCUGCGCCACCUCCAUGGCCGUCGGCUUCCGCUUCUCCCGCCUCGUCGUCUUCCUCCUCUUCCUGCCCACGCCGCCCAUGAACCCGUCGGCGCACCUCGUCUCCCUCGUCACCCCGCCCGUCAUGCUCGCCAGCUCCAACACCACCGCCACCAUCACUACUACGACGACCACCACCACCACCGUCACGACGACCACCACGGUGGCUGAGAGCGAGGCCGGCGCCAACGCGCACCACCAGGUCCACCACGGCCCGGUUUUCGUCGGCCGCCACGCCAUCCGCGUCCGCAAGUGGCCGCACCCGAACCCCGGCGAGCUUCUCAAGGCCCACAGCAUCCUCGCCGCCGUCCAGGAAGCGCAGCGCCGCAGCCGCAACCGGUUGGCCGACCCGCUCAGGCCCGUGAUUGCCGUAACCCCGACCACCACCUCCGCGCUCCAGGCGCCGUCGCUCACGUCCCUGGCGCACACCCUCCGCCUCGUCGACGCCCCGCUGCGCUGGAUAGUCGUCGAGCCUGGCCACCGCACCGACGCCGUCGCCGCCGUGCUCGCCCGCUCCGGCCUCGACUUCCUCCACCUCGUCGCCUCCGACGGCGCCUCCACCGCGCGCCUGCGAAUGCACGCCCUCAGGGAGGUACGGAAGGAGAAGAUGGACGGCGUGGUGGUGUUCGCGGACGAGAACGGCAUCCUCCGGACGGAGCUGUUCGACGAGGCGCAGAAGGUCAAGUCCGUGGGCGCCGUGCCCGUGGGCAUUCUGGGCGAGGACGAAGGCACCAAGGAGUCCUUCCUGCAGGCGCCGGCCUGCGACGAUGCCGGCAAGCUGGUGGGCUACCACGUCUCGGAGGAGACGCUGCUGCCAGCGGCGCGGAGCGACAUGCUGCUGUCCACCCGGCUGGAGUGGGCCGGGUUCGUGGUGAACGCGCGGGUGCUCUGGGAGAGCGCAUCAGAGCGUCCCGAGUGGGUGCGCGACCUGGACGCCGUGGACGGCGGCGCGCACCUGGACAGCCCGCUGGCGCUGGUCACCGACGCCGGCCAGGUGGAGCCGCUCGCCAGAUGCGCCCAGGCGGCGCUGGCGUGGUCGCUCCGGUCAGACGCUCUGCAUGAAGUCAAGUUCCCGCAUGAGUGGAAAUUUGAUGCUCCUCUAGUAAGCGCCGCUUCGCGUCAGCAGAGCAGCGUAGUAAAUACUGAAGAUGGUCACUAGAGCAGCAAAAAUUUUGUGGGCAAUAGAAAUCAGGGCAAAAUCAGACUGCUACGGCUCGUCUGAUUUGUGUGAGUCUCCUCUGAUGCAUCCUUGUACCAAGACAUCUCAACUCUUGAGUAACAUAAGGCAGCUCAGCUUAUUUGUUGGGACCCUACAGAAAGUCACAGACCAUACAUCUGAAUCCAUGUUCUGUAUCAUCCUGUAAAAAUAGAUAAAAAAAGUUUAAUUAUAUGCACCAUUCAUGGCUUCUCUAAUAGUAAGAGUUCUCUUAGGCGCAUUGUUUUCGUGUAAUAUAGGUCAGAGCAGAUGGGCUCGCCAAAUUGGUCUGUGGUUAAGACAUUUGUUUGUGUAAUGGUGUGAAAUAAUAACGAUCCAGCUCUCAGUUUUCUAA